GAUGACCCAAUCCUGCAAGCAAAAGCAAUCAACCAGAACCACUGGUACAAGUAAAACAGCUUCCUCACAGCUCAAGCUGUGAUUUUGUGAAUUUGAAGGACCGCCAAUUAAUGGAAUCCUGCCAGAACUUGGGCGGGGGAUGGCUUGCAGAUUAUGGCCUUGACGACGAGGUCACUUCAGUGGAUUUCAUCUGGCCUCCCUCCGUCACUAGUGCUAUUCUUGAGUUUGAUGCUUCACAUAAAGUGGACAAUUUCUCGGAGAAUAAUUGCACAAAGAAAAGGACAAGGGUGGAGUCUUGUGCUGCUCCUGGAACCAAAGCUUGUCGUGAGAAAAUGCGCAGGGACAGACUCAAUGAUCGGUUUGCAGAGCUGUGCUCCAUCUUGGACCCAGGGAAACCACCAAAGGCAGACAAAGUUGCCAUUCUAACUGAUGCAAAUCGCCUUUUGAAACAGUUACGUCUUGAAGCUCAGAAGCUUAAAGAAUCCAAUGAAGCACUCCAAGUAUCAAUAAAGAAUCUCAAGGCUGAGAAAGUGGAACUGAGGGAUGAGAAGGUGAGGCUCAAGGCUGAAAAGGAAAGGAUGGAGAAGUUACUGAGAUGCAUGAACAUUGCACCACCUCCUCUUCAUUCAUUCCAACAUGCAGUUUUCAGUGUCCCAAAUAAGGCAAUACCAUAUCCAACAUAUAAGACCCCCAUGGGCAUGUGGCAAUGGAUACCUCCGGCAGCUCUGGAUACUUCUCAGGACCAUGUCCUAAGGCCUCCAGUUGCCUAGCUUUCUCCAUUUCUAACCUUCUCACUGGACCACAACCUCUUGUGUGUGUGUGUAUGUAUGAUCAUGUGUUUGGGAUGAUUAUCGAUCUUUACUUUUGUUAAUCAGUACUUUCAUCAGUCAUUAGUAAAUGGUCACAAAAAAAAAUGGCAUUCUGAAAUUGUUAUAUUCA